CCUUAUGGUACAAAGGAUUUCUUGCAUUACUUGUAUCAUAUGUUCUUCUAUCAGCCUUGAAACUGAGACUUUUAGUUGACUAGUGUGAAAACAGUGACAUUUUCAGGCGGGCAGUACCACUAUUUUUAUUACCAUUUUGUAUAACAGAGUUUAAGCCAGAUGAUUGUAAACACUUAAAUUUUGUUCAUAGCACAGGUUUCUUGGACAUUUCCAGAUUCUCUUUGUAGUCUUGCUUUUUGAAUCUGAAGUUUUAUUCUGCAUGUUUAAAUACAGUGCAGUUGAAACCUUAUUGUGAAGGCUGGGAUGAACCCAAAUGGAUACUCCAUCUUCAGUAGUUUCAUUAAGAUGGCUAAAAUGACAUCUUUCCAUCUUGGUGUAUAUUCUUUGUAAAGAAUUACUUGUUUCUGAGCUGAAUUCAUUCACAGUUAUUUAUUUAUUUAUUUAUUUAUUUAAAAUAUUUGCAAAGAAAUGAAGAAAACAUCAACAAAGUAUGCUUGUAAAUAUCUUUUAAAUUGGGCUUUUAGGAAUCAGCUUGUUCUUGGAAGCCUGUGCCUCUGCUCUUCUGCUUAAUUGCCUUAAAAUACUCCUAUUCAGUAUGAUUAUACUACUAAAAAAAAUCUGAAAUCAUCUAUUUCAGAGUAUGGGAUAGGCUUGUGUAAUACACUGUCCAACAAGGUAAAGCCUGUGUGAUAGGAAGGGGGAGGAAAAAAAAAGUCUCACUUCUGUUAUUGCUGGGCCUCCAAAUAAAGAGAUAAGACUGAAUGCUUAUUUGGUGCUUUACUGAUGUCCCAAACCAUUCCUUUUGCCACUUGCUAUUAGUGAGCAAAGGUGUGAAUUACACACGCUGUCAGUUUAAAGCUGAAGUUCUGCAGCAUUUUGUCUCUUUUAUUCUCUGGAGUCAUCUGUACUUUCCUGGGAAUUUAAAUCAUUUUCUAAAUAUUAAUCAAAAUUUUAGUUCUGGUUGCUAAAGGUUGCAGUGUGCCCUGCUCAUUUAACAGAUUAGUUUCCAGUGCCUGAGUUUACAAACAAACAAACAAAAAAAACACAAACGUGUUUUAAAUAAAAAUUCCAGUAGUAUUUGCAGCUUCAAGAUUGUGCUUCCUCAGUUUCCUUCACUUUUUAACCAGAAGGUACUCAUUCAUCAGUACAACAAAAUACUUGUCUGUUUUGAUCUUACUUCAACACUGUAGAAAAUGAUUUUGGACUUUUAUAACUGGUCUUUGGUAUCCCCAGAGUUUUAGUAACUUUUGCAAUGGCACAGGAUGUGUCAUGCCAAGUGUCUUGUAGAUCCUUGGAAUUGUGAAAUAGGCACUCAUGUAUUUCAUACCAUCACAUGUUUGGUUCUAGUUUUUCAUAAAGAUGCAGUCAUCUUUGUGUCAAACUUCCAUCACUUUUGUUUUGUUUUUCUGUUAAUUUCUGUGGUAAAGAGGAUCAGAAGCAUGUAACAGUAGUGUUAUAUACCAUUCUUAUAUCUUGCUUUGCUAGAACGUAGAUGUGAAGACAUGGAGGUACUGGCAAAACUUGAAGGAACAUGUGCCUUCUUUAACUGAAACAACUGAAUAGACAGACAGAUCUUUUUGGUAGUUGUCAGUAACACCAGUGAAUGUACUUGUAGCUGAAGGAAUGAAAAAAUGAGAGAGAAAAUAGCUUUCUUCACAAACUGGAUUAUAAAAACAUUUUUUUUUUUUUUUUUCAAAUAUAUUGAACAGCAGUAUAGGCUGCUAAAGCUGGAAGCGACCUGUUCCUUGAGUAGCUGGAGCUUUAAAGCUUAUCAGAAAAAGCAUCAAAAACUUACUGAUUUACUUCAACUGAAUUUAAUCCUGAUUUAUUUUGGGUAAGUAAGGACAGAAGAUAAAGCUAUGACUCUUUUCUGUUCUUGCACUUCAAACUUAUGCUGCUAGACUAGGAAGAUUCUCCAUCUCGUAGUUUUUUGAAUACAGUACUGCCUCAAACCGCCUAGAGUGUUCAUCUACAGUUCUGGUGAAUGAGAAUUCCUCUAAGCACAUUUUGUAAUAUAUGCUCAGUCUUUCAAAGUAGGUAAGUCAACAAGUAGUAGCUCAUCUUUGCAGGGGCUUGUACACAUUAGGUGGAGUAUUCCUUAGAAGAGUCUACAGGCUUCAGUCAUCCAUGGAAUUUACAAAGAAAUUGUAUGUAAUUUUUCAGUACUUAAUGAAGUUACACUUUUCAUAAUGCAAUCAUGUGCAGUCUUUCUGUAUUUUCUUCUGCCGGAUUUUAAGAUACAUGACACGUUAAUGUAAGAAAAGAUAAAAAAGAAGAAAAAAAAACAGGUGGAUGACACACGAGAUUUGGAGGCAGAUCAGAACACUUAAAUUAGGUGCAUUUUAAUAAAUUAUUUUAAAAGCCAUUGCUUCUGAGUGAAACAAAUAUAUAUUGAUGUUUGAUCUGUUUAACUCUGAAAUUCCACUUCACUCCAAAAUAGUCUGAGAAAUUAUACCUAUCAGCGUAAUCAGGGACUAGUGAUACCUACUGAAAUUCCAAAGUAGCUUUAGCAAAGUUGUUGGAAACUAGGAUUUUGUCUUAGACCAGGUGAUCUUCACUACACUUUGAAAUGUAAUGUCUGCAUAGAGUCACAUUAGCUGAAGAACGAUGAGUCUGUUUAAGUGACUCUGAAAUGAAAAGCAUUUCUUUAAGCAAUUCUCAUUUUGGUGUUAUGAUUUAAGAAGCUAUUAGCUUAGAGUAAGAUGGCGUCACAGAAAUGACAUGUACCUAAUUUCAAACUAACUAAUAACUGCAAACAGGCCAGAUUUAGCUUGAAGCCAAAUUCUUGGCCCCAAGUUCACUAGAAAGAGUGGGGGGAAAAACCAGCUUUCUGGAGAUAGUUGUGUGCUAUUUAUAUUUCUCAGAAUACUCAAACAUGUCUUAUUGCAGUGGAAGGCUAAGUCAUAUCAGUUGAUACAUUUCUACUGUGAGUUUGGAGGAAAACAUGAUGUAUGCUCCUACAAGAAAAUGUUUCACUUUUCUCAAACAUAAAUUCAGUGGUUCUGAGGUUUUUGAGAGUUUUAUUUUUCUUAACUUCUUUGCUCAACUUGUUGAAUCUGAAAAGGUUCUUUUGGUAGGUUUUGGGAUCAGGUUACAAGUACAUAGUGAGGUUGUGAUAUUCUCUUGGACUAUUGCAAAAUGGCAAAUAAAACCACUCAAACCUAUAAAUGCAGCCAUUUCUCAGAUCGUACCAUGUUGUAAGGCUGGAGAUGGAUGUAAAGCUACAAAGAGAAUCGUUUAUCAGGUUUAUGGUAGGCUGUGGUAGGUGUGAUGACUGGUUUCAUGGUGAUUGUGUUGGACUGAGUCUUUCUCAAGCGCAGCAGAUGGGCGAAGAAGAUAAAGAAUAUGUGUGUGUGAAAUGCUGUGCUGAAGAAGACAAAAAGGCAGAAUGUUUAGAUCAAAGUGUUCUGGAUACUCAACUGAAAACUGACAGCCACAAGGAAGAAAAAACAAUUGAACAUGAAAAACCAGGGGUGUCAAAGCAAGGACCUACUUGUAAUCUGAAUGUAACAACUGAAAAAGGAAAACAGACAGAGGACACAGGGAAACAUAAAGUCAAAAUUUUCAAACGGGAAUCUGGUGAUGGGAAGAACUUGUCAGAAUCCAGAGACUCAGAUACUAAAAAAGGCCAACAUGUUCCUGCUCGUAAAGCAUUGCAAACUGCUGUAAUUCCUCGGCGGUCUUCUGAAGAAAAAGGUGAAAAAAUGAGUAAAGAGUCACUUAAUGUGGUUGAAAAGUCCUCAAAGUCAGGUGUUCAUGAGAAACAAGAAAUAAAGAAAAAGAAAAAUGAGAAAGGACCAAUCAGUGCAAAUGUGCCAGCUUCCAAACCUUCUGCUGAUCAGAUAAGACAUAGUGUUAAGCAGUCUCUUAAGGAAAUUCUGAUGAAAAGGCUGACAGACUCCAGUUUAAAGAUUCCUGAGGAGAGAGCAGCAAAAGUUGCCACAAAGAUUGAAAGAGAGCUGUUUUCUUAUUUUCGGGACACUGACUCAAAAUAUAAGAACAAAUACAGAAGUUUAAUGUUCAAUCUAAAAGAUCCUAAAAAUAACAUACUGUUCAAAAAAGUACUGAAAGGAGAGGUUACUCCAGACCAUCUAAUAAAAAUGAGCCCAGAAGAACUGGCCUCCAAAGAACUGGCUGCUUGGAGACAAAGAGAAAACAGACACACUAUUGAAAUGAUUGAGAAAGAACAGAGGGAAGUUGAAAGAAGACCUAUCACAAAAAUUACUCACAAAGGCGAAAUUGAAAUUGAAAGUGAAACACCAAUGAAAGAACAAGAAGUUAUGGAAAUUCAGGAACCUAACAUGAUGAAGUUGCAUGAGAAGUCAGAGGAAGCUGAGAAAGAUAAGGAAGGAAAUGAAUCUGCAUCUCCAGACACCACAAGUCAACACAAAAAUCAUCUCUUUGAUCUUAACUGCAAAAUCUGCAUAGGUCGAAUGGCACCACCUACUGAUGAUGAUCCUUCUGCAAAAAAAGUGAAAGUGUCUGUUGGUGUUGCACGGAAGCAAUCAGACAAUGAAGCAGAAAGCAUUGCAGAUGCGCUUUCUUCAACAUCCUCUAUUUUAGCUUCAGAAUUACUGGAAGAUGAUAAGCAAGACUCAUCAAAAUCCUCCCUCCCAACUCUUCCAAAAUCGGAAACACCCGGUACUGUAGAAUGUGAAAGUCUGUUUCUGGCGCGCCUGAAUUUCAUCUGGAAGGGUUUCAUCAACAUGCCUUCCGUGGCAAAGUUUGUUAUCAAGGCUUAUCCAGUUUCUGGCUCUUUUGAGUAUUUAACAGAGGAUUUACCUGAUAGUAUUCAGGUAGGUGGCAGGAUAUCUCCUCACACUGUCUGGGAGUAUGUAGAAAAAAUCAAAGCCUCAGGGACCAAGGAAAUCUGCGUAGUUCGCUUUACCCCUGUAACUGAAGAGGAUCAGAUAUCCUAUGCUUUGUUAUUUGCCUAUUUCAGCAGUAGAAAACGUUAUGGUGUAGCUGCCAAUAACAUGAAGCAAGUCAAAGAUUUGUAUCUCAUCCCGUUAGGUUCCUCAGAUAAAGUCCCACAUCAUCUCGUGCCUUUUGAUGGGCCUGGGAUUGAAAUUCAUCGACCAAAUUUAUUACUGGGAUUAAUAAUUCGCCAGAAAAUGAAGAGACAGAUUUCUGCUGUUACAAGUGUUACUAGUAGUUUUGUGGAUGAAGUUUCUGAAAGUACCUUGAGUAGUGCGCCACCAGAAAAGAAAAGCAAGCCAAGCAAACCUGAAGUCUCUCAUAAUGAAUUGGCACUAGAAGAAGAAGAGGAAAAUGAUUUUUUUAAUUCUUUCACAACUGUGCUGCACAAGCAGAGAAAUAAACCUCAGCAAUCCAAUAUAGAAGAUGUUCCCACAGCUAUUGAACCGUUGGUGGAAAGUACCAAGCAUGAACCACCAAAGCCUCUCCGAUUUCUUCCUGGUGUUCUAGUUGGGUGGGAGAAUCAGCCUUCUACUUUGGAGCUAGCAAAUAAACCAUUGCCAGUGGAUGACAUUCUUCAAAGCCUUUUGGGUACGACAGGGCAGGUAUGUGAACAAAGUAAACCAGAAGCAAGUUCUGGUGAAGACAUACCCUUAUUAAAUGAACAAGCAACCUUAAAAGAAGAAAACAUGGAAGUUGAUGAAGUAACUGCUGAAGUUAGUGAAACAAAGGCUAGCUCAGAUGAUACACAAGAGUUCACUAGUUCUACUCUUGUACCUGCAGAUGCAGCACUUGUAGGGUCUUCAAGUUCUACAAGAAAUUCUGGAACUUUAGGACUUAGUCUUAAGGGAAAACCUCCCGAUGUCACCACUGAAGCAUUUAUAGCAAAUUUAUCUGCUCAGUCACAGAAUAAAGAAACUGAAGAAAGUAAAGAAAAUGAUUCAAACCUGCAGACACCUGACAAGGAUAAUGUCACACAGGAAAUUAGAAGGACCACAAAUUCCAGCUUUUCUUCAUCAAAUGCAGGGAAAAGCAAUGAGAACAACACUAAUGUAAGCUCUGCUGAAGGUACUUCUGGUAAUACCUCUAAAUCACCACCAUUUAUUAAUCUUAAAAGAGACCCCCGACAGGCAGCUGGACGAAACCAGCAGACCAGCGCUUCAGAAAACAAAGAUGGGGAUGUUAGUAAAAAUGAAGACCAACAAGUUGUUUCAGGAAAUGAUCAAGUGGAACCAGAGAAUAAACAAUCUGCUGGUGAAAUAGGCUUAAACCUGUAUCCAAGUGAUGCACAAACGGAUGAGAUGCAGUGUAGUUCUGCAGCAACAAAAGCAGAUAACGUGUGUGCAUCUCAAGCAGAAGAUACCAAACAGUCACAAGAAGAUGCAAUGCAAAACAUCGAGGCUCUGAACUCGUUUAGAAGAGGACCAGCAGCAACUUCAUCUCAUUUUGAAACAGAAAAUUCUUGUUCUGAAUUUAUUUCCAAAGUUCCAAGCCCUGUAACAAGUGGCAGCUUCUCAUCUGUUAGACUUCCACAACAGAAUUUUCAGCAUCCUAAAUCUAAUCCACCUGGAUUUCAGUUUCAAGCUCCCACACCUCCUAACUUCCCUCCACAAAAUAGUCCUAUGUUUGGAUUCCCUCCUCAUUUACCACCUCAACAUCUUCCUCCUCCAGGCUUUGGCUUUCCUCAAAAUCCAAUGGUGCCAUGGCCACCUGUAGAUCAUUUAUCUGGUCAGCCACCACCCUAUGCUGGACCCGUUGCACAAGGGCUACCAGUGGCUCAAAAGCAGUCAAGAUUUCUGGGGCCAGAAAAUUUUUUUCAGAGUAAAGACUGUAGGAGACCAGAAAGGCGCCAUAGUGAUCCUUGGGGCAGACAAGAGCAGCAUUUGGAGAGAGGGUUCAGUAGAGGAAAAAAUGACCAACAAAGACAAAGAUUUUACAGUGACUCUCACCACCAAAAGAAAGAAAGACAUGAAAAAGAGUGGAACAAUGAAAAAUACUGGGAACAAGAUUCUGAAAGAAAUAGACGCAGAGACAGAAACCAGGAAAAGGAGAGAGAGAGGAAGAGUAGAGAGGAAGGACAUAGAGACAAAGAAAGGUUGCGACUUCCUCACAGUGACAGGGGUGCUGAUGGAAAAAGCCCCAGAGAGACUAGAAAUCCAGAAAAAAAGACAGAGAAGCCCAAAGCUGAAGAGCAGGCUCAAGAAAAAGAUAAGGAGAGGGAGAAAAGUAAAGAGAAGCAUAGAGAACGAGAAAGUGAAAAGAGCAGAGACAGACAUAGGGACCACAGUGACAGAUCUAAAAGCAAAAGGUAAAAAGAUGCAGGCAGUCUUUUUAAAGUCCUAUUUAAGUAAACUGUUUGAGUUAUGUCAUAAAACUUUAUAUUAAAAAAAAAACAACAACCAACCAACAGCCUGCUAGGAUUGUGCCAUCUUUUUUAUUCAGUCUUGGUGUUUUGCAGAAACAAGUCUGUGUUUUGGUACCACUCAGUGUACCAAUACUCAUCCUUUCCUUCAUUAUACCAACUAUCGCUAGAAGUAGGAGUUUAAUAUUUUUUAAAAUUUUACAUUGCUGUAUAUUCAAAAUUUUAAAGAUUUCUUUUAUUAAUAUGCAAUAAAGGCUUAGAAAUUUUCUUAGCUGAUGAAGCUGGCUUUAGUCAUGUCUGCAGUAUAGUUGCUGCCUUUGGUAAUUUGUGCUCUCUCCUGUUUUAAGAUGCUCAGAUAAUUCUAAAGAUUACUUUAAUACAAUAACCUUCUUUGUAAAUUGCACUGUUUUUAAGGACUCCAGCAAAACCUCAGAAUCCACACAUGCUACAACAAAACAUGACAUGUUUGAUGGUGUGAAGAGUUUUUUAAAUUAUUCAGUAGUACAAUAAAGUAAUUCAAGUGUAUUUCAUUGUUUUUUCAAGUAUUUCCUAAGCAUCUAAAGCAGUCUGUGACCAGAAAUUGGAAGGCUGAGCUGCUCAAAUGUUAUUGCUUUAAACUGCACUUGUUUUAAUGAGAAAGCAUUUUUAACCUAAGUUCUUGGAAAUAUGUUUUGUAGUAGUUGAUUCAUUUUUCCCACCAUUUUCCAUGCUUCAAAAACUUGAAUACCUGAGCUUGUACAUUACUUUGUGUUUUGCUAUCCUUUUUACUGUAAAAUGUAAAUAUUUUAAGGGAUAUUUUGAUUCUAAAAUGAUAAAACUUUCUCACAUAAUGUGUGUGUUUGAUUUCAUAGGUUUGAAACUGUAGGCUGAAAGAAUCUAGCAGGCUAAGUUGUAGAAUGCUGCAUCUGUUUUACAUUUCAUGGCUACGCUGUUCUGAGUUGUGGGGGAGCAAAGAGAGGGAACGAAGGUAGGAGGAUGUUUGUCGCAUUGGGACUUUGCAGUGAAUUGAUUCCUAAUAAUGACAGCCAUCUAGUGCAAAACAAAAAGCCAACAAAGAAAACCAGAAGCUAAGCUGAAUCCUCCUGCCCUUACCCUUCCCCAAAUACACCAAUCAUUUUGCUGAGUCUGUUAGAAACAAACAUUCCAGUAUGUAAACCAAAAAUGAGGUUUAUUGUUAUAUUUUUCAGUAUUCUGUUUUGCUGUUGUUUUUUUUGUUUGUUUUGUUUGUUUUUGUUUUUUUGUUUUUUUUUUUACUUUGAGGACAUUACCUUCUCUAUGGACAUAGCAUUUUGCACUUUGCUGUAGAAAAACCUCUUCUUUCUGAGAAGAUCUUUCAAAUUUAACACCACACUAAUAAUUGCUAAGUUUAAUGUAUUUUAAAGUAAAAUUUCCUUUCAAUAUCUCACAAUUAAGUACCUUCACAGUCAAAUUGACUAAAAUAAAAACCUUGCACCAAAUAAA